CAGAUUUCGAAAUCAUAGCAGAAGCUAUUUUUACCUCUGACAAUGUUUUGAUACUUUUAGCUAAUUCUGUUUAAAAUGGAAUUCCUCAAGGAUUUGGCAAAGUCUCUGAGAAGUGCUAGAACUGUUGAACUUCCCGAUGACAAAUCCUCUGCAUAUUACAUGCUGAUGUCUAUGAUCAUUGGGAACCAGUACAGGUCUGUUUCAGAUUUACUGUCAGGACCAAAAUUUGAUGUGAAUUAUGCCCAUGGUAGACCAAACAGAAAUCUCUUACAUAUUGCUGCUAAUUGUGGCAGUUAUGAGUGCCUUAAUAUUUUAUUGAAGAAAGGAGCCAAUGUAAACUUUCAGGAUGCGUCAGGCUGUACUCCACUACACCUAGCUGCUAGAAAUGGCCAAAGAAAGUGUAUUAAUAAGUUGUUGGAACAUAAAGCAGAUGUGAACAUCAGAAAUAAUGAAGGCUUGACCACUAUUCAUUGGUUGGCAGUGAAUGGAAGAACAGAAUUGUUACACGAUUUGUUUAUGUAUACACAAGAUGUGGAUGUUGAGGAUGCUCAAGGACAAACAGCUUUACAUGUGGCCUGUCAGAAUGGUCACAAAUCUACUGUUGUAUGUUUACUGGACCAUGGAGCAGAAAUCAACAGACCAAAUCAUUAUGGAUGGAUGCCUUUACAUUUUGCCUGCAGUCAUGGUCAGCAUGAUACAGCUACAAUAUUAUUACAAAGAGGAGCAGUAUUUUUACCAGAUAAAAGUAAUAAAACACCACUGGAUUUUUGCAUAGAGGGAGGAUACUGUGAAACCUGUGACAAUUUACUGACACAUUUUCCAAAAUUAUUUGAACAAUUGAUUCAGAUGGUCAGGAAAGAAGAUCUCAAAGAAUCUAUGUAUUUGAAGGUGCUGAAAUUUCUGUGCAAAAAGAAUAAUGAAAUGGCAGAUAGAAUAUUGGUAGCUUUAGCUGAGGAACUAUCAAAUAUUGGACAUAAUCUUCUGAGUUUAUCCAGUAAUGUUGAAGUCCAUGUUUCUGUACUGUUGACCUGUGUCAGAGUUCUGUGUAAACUUUACACAUCAGUGUACCAGUCUAUGACAUCAACCAUACAGUCAGCUGUAGCCAAUGGUGUCACUCCAGUCUCACCAAAAACUAUAAGGAUAUUCAAGCCAGCAGAAAGUCUAUGGCAGCUUCUGGAAGACUGGCUUAAUUUAUUACAAGUAGAAUUUGAUCAGAAAAGUCCCAGACAAUCUAUGGCAAAUCUUGCUGAAAAAGAUGAUGAUUCUCAUCCAGCUGAAAAGCCAAAGACAACAAAUACCACUAUCUCCUCAAAUGCAUCUCCACAACAACAAAAGGCAGCUAAUCAGUUCUCAGAUGUGAACUGUAGUAAAGAUAAACUUCAAGUUUCAGAGGGAAUUUUAAAACAUAUGAGUUUAGAGGACCAGGAUGUUAUUGGUGCUACAUUACCAAGGAUCUGUGGUGUUGUUCAGGCUUUUUAUAUCACAUGUUCUUGUCACACCCAAUCAGAGAUAACAUCACCACGAUUCAUAGAGUUUGUUUGUAAACAUAAUAAGGUGCUCAAAGCUUUAGUUCAGAGAAAUACCACUGUGAUAUUUGAUCAUUUUCACUUCUUAUUAGAAUGUCCAGAAUUGAUGUCUCAGUUUAUACAUAUCAUUAAAUUGCAGCCUUUUGUGAAAAGAAGAGAAUGGUUUUACCAGAAUAUAUCCGAUGAUGAAAAUCCAAGUGAAGUAUUACAUAUCCCAGCAACUGAUGAGGACAUUCUCAUUAUAAAUAGAGAAAGAAUAUUUGACAGUAGCUGUGACAGGGUGCUUAAAGAAAAUCCUGAUAAAUUGAAGAAAGGACUGGCGUUAAAGUUUGCUGGUGAAGAGGGCAUGGGGCAGGGAGUAGUGAGAGAAUGGUUUGAUGUUUUAUCCAAAGAAAUCCUAAAUCCAGAUUAUGCAUUGUUUACACAAUCAGCGGAUGGUAGUACAUUCCAGCCAAACAGUAACUCAGCUAUUAAUCCAGACCAUCUUAACUACUUUAGAUUUGCAGGACAAAUCUUAGGACUUUGUCUCUAUCACAAGCAGUUAAUCAAUGUUUACUUUACCAGAUCAUUUUAUAAACAUAUCCUUGGUAUCCCAGUGAAUUAUACAGAUGUGGCAUCUAUUGAUCCUGACUACGCUAAAAAUCUACAAUGGAUACUUGACCAUGACAUUGACAACUUGGGAUUGGACCUAACAUUUUCUGUUGAGACUGAUGUGUUUGGUGUGAUGCAGGAAGUAGAAUUAAAACCGGGAGGGAGUCAUGUAACUGUGACAGAAGAAAAUAAGACAGAGUAUGCUCAGUUAGUAACAGAAUUAAGAAUGACAAGAGCCAUACAGCCACAGAUAAACAGCUUUCUAUCUGGUUUCCAUCAGUACAUUCCACAAUCCCUCAUACAAAUGUUUGAUGAAUAUGAAUUGGAGUUAAUGUUGUCAGGUAUUCCAGAGAUAGAUAUCAGUGACUGGGAGAAUCAUACAGAAUAUAAUGGUUAUGAUAGACAGUCAUCUGUUAUCCAGUGGUUUUGGGAAAUUGUUGAAGAUUUCAGUCAAGAGAACAGAGUUUUGCUGCUUCAGUUCACUACUGGCAGUUCUCGAGUACCGUUUGGAGGUUUUGCAAAGUUUGUUGGUGGAGGAGGGCCACAACAUUUUACCAUAGCUAUAGUUCCAUAUAAAGAACAUACCUUACCUACAGCUAGUACUUGUAUCAACAUGCUGAAGAUGCCAGAAUAUAAAUCAAAGUCAGAGUUACACAACAGACUGAUGGUAGCUUUACAGUGUGGUAACCAAGGUUAUGCUUUUGCAUGAACAGGAAGUGCAAUGAAUUCUGGGAUUGGCAAUGAUGACCAGAAAUUUGAUUGGUUAAGACUUAGAACAUGUAGAAUGAAUUAUUAAAGAAUAUAAUGAUCAAUCAAGGAGAAUAUAGAAACUCAAUGAAAUAAUCAAUCCAUUUAACAAAGAGUGGAAAAUGUCUUCUCAGUAGCCUUUACAUAUCUCUUCUCUACCGUAGAAUAUAUGUUAAAACAGACACUGUCACAGUGUAGACUUUAA